AUGUCUGAUACUUCGCUACUUCCAUCAUCAACAAAAGCCGGAAAAAAAUUUCUUGACGAUUCUCCUAUUCCUUAUAUGAUGUUCAAAGAAGUUUCUAUUACUAAGUUUCAAAACAUUGAAUAUACAUUCUACUAUCAAUCAUUAAUUAAGGCUAUAAAGUCUUUAUUAAUGAUCGAUAGUAUUAAUCAGUCAUUGGUUCUUCAAUAUGAAGAUAAAAAAGAG